AUGGUGUCUAUGGAGGCACUGCGUGCCAGGCAGCCGAAAGAACUGCUCCAAACGGACGUCUUUCGCACAGUGCCCCCAUCCGACUUGACCCCUACCGAUCUAGCAGAUCUGGCCUCCAGUCAAGUCCUCACAGAUCCUUCCAAGGUCCUGGAAGUUUAUAAGCGCCAUGUAUCCAGUGGUAGUGCAGACUCAGCUGUGUUGAUCCGGGCGUUCGCACAGCUGGGAUUCCUCUUUGAUCCGAAUUCAUUCUUUUCGACUGCAGAUCGGCAGCUUCUGACCAAACAUAAGACUUUCCGAUCCUUGGCACACGAUCUCUGGAAGGUGCAAGACGAGCUGCCUGACGCCGUUGCACCACUUUUGCUCUACUCCAUGGCAUGCCUGGACUAUCGUUGCGUUCCACUCCUUCCCCGUCUCUUGGAUGCAGUCGAACGUAGUUUGGCCAACUUUCGAACGGAGGCCUUGUCCCUACUGUUGCAUUCGAUGGCUUCCUUGGGCCUCGGGGGCGAACAAGUCAUCUUCGAUGACCAGGACGGGUACAGAACACGUGAUUACAGCCAGCUCUCUGCGCAGAUCAUCCAGGAAUUGGGCAGCAGAGCCUUGCUCCAAGAUUCGGACGGAAGUGUCCAUGACUGGUCAAGGGCAGCUUUCGGUGUGGUUAUGUCCGGGCUUUAUGAUGUCAGCGAGACAGGCCAGGGCUAUCCAGUGCUUCCGCUCCUUAUUGUCCGUGCAUGUGAGCAGCUCCACGACAAGUCCGAACUGGAGCAGUCCGGAUGGGCGCAAUUCUUCUUGUAUCAAACCUUGUAUUGCGUUGAUGUUGAGAAGCCCACUUGUGAAGAGGCUGUCAAGAGGGCAAUGCCCAUGUGGGUACAAGAACUGCUUCACCAUCGUUGGCUCGACAACAUCGUUCUGCAUGCGCAGCCGCAGGGGGCGGAUCAAAUGCAAAGAGAUGUCGACAUGUGCUUGCAGCGAACGAACACACAAGCACUGUUGAACUGUUCUUUUGGUCGUGAAUGGGAUGAGCAACACUGCUGGUUUGCAGGGUUCAUGAUGGAACCCAAAGUAGCCUUGGAGUGUGAUUCCAUGUUACCCUUGGGUCCCGGGAGACCCCGACCCUCGGGUUGGAUCGGGCUCAAGUCGCGGAUCGCGAGGAAGAUAGGCCUCAGGGUCGUGACGCUUCAUGACUGCUUCUGGACCCACCUUUCAGAAGACCAGAAGGACGAGCAGAUGAUGCGGAUUCGUAUGCAAGUUGGUUAUACACACAACAAAGAGCUGGAGCAGCGUCGGAAGAAAAUUAGGCAGAAGGCGCACACAUACACAGGCAUCGAAGGCAAACGCAAGGACUGGACGCGACAGCCGGCGCCUGCUUCGGACGAAACCGCCUUCACCUAG